AUGGCGAGGAUUACGACAAGGGGAUCCUCUAUUUCCUUUAUUGUUUAUUUUGGUGAUGGAGGCAUUGAGUCAUUUAUUGUCCAAGGCGGUUUGUUGACGGGUUUCGAGGUGGGGUCGGGGCUUGCUCCUCUGGUGGUUUCUCAUCUCUUUUAUGCUGAUGAUGCGUUUAUCUUUUGUGAUGCGAAUGCAGAUCAGAUUGGGUAUUUACGAUGUGUGUUGCUAUGCUUUGAGGCGGUGUCUGGGCUCUGGGUUAAUUUGGCCAAGUCAAAAUUAAUUCCUGUGGGCGAGGUGGUUCAUCUUUCGGUGUUGGCAGCUAUUUUGGGGUGUAAGGUGGCUCAGUUACCAGUUUCCUAUCUGGGACUUCCUUUGGGGGCUACCUUUAAGGGGAAAUGGGUGUGGGAUGAGGUGGUAGAUAGAGUGCAGCGAAGGUUGGUGGGGUGGAAGCGGCAAUAUUUGUCUAAGGGAGGGUGGCUCACAUUGAUCAAGAGUGUCCUUUUUAGUAUUCCGACUUACUUUAUGUUGUUGCAUGUGAUUCUUGUAGCGGUUACUAGGCGGUUGGAAAAAUUGCAACGAGAUUUUUUGUGGGGUGGUGGAGGGGAGGGUUUUCAUUAUCAUUUGGUGGCUUGGGAUAGGAUUUGUUCUCCUAAGGAGAGGGGGAGCCUAGGUGUCAGGAGGUUGGUGGGUUUUAACCGGGCUCUUUUAGGAAAAUGA